ACCAUGAAAGGAAGGACCGGGACGAGACUUUAACGGUUAUUUUUGCGGUCUGAAAUUGUUGUUUUCUGUCUAAAUGUAGGCUUAUAUUUCGUGUAAGUGUAGUCAGAACACGUUAAAAAGGCAUUGCGCAUCCGUCCAGAUGUGUAAACCGACCGUGAGCACCGAGUGAGACUUGAACAAAGUUAGCUAGCUAGCUCGCGUUGUUAGCGUUACGCUUAGCUCGGUCAGGAACAACCGGAGAACGGAUUCGAAACGAAGCGGGAGAGUUUUUGUUAGCGUCGUUAUCAACACCUACUAUAGUAAUGUUGCCCUCGGGAGGACAUUCAAGUUUUGGAUGAGGGUAAAGACCGAGGGUUUGCUAAAGCAGUUUGAGGGAAAAGUGAAGGUGCGAUGCUGGGGCAGAAGGAGGCGGCGCGGGGCUCCGGGGGUCCUCGGUCAGAGUGCCGCGCUCGCCCGCUUCCAGCCCUCAGGACACUCGGGGGCUGCGUGUUGCUCCUGCUGCUCCAGGCGGCCCUGUGCCUCGCCAGACCCGGCGUUAUAAUCAGCACCAACAAUAAUAACAACCACCCGAGUGUCAACGUUUACAUGAGUGAAGUCGAGGUGAAGAAACUUCUCGGUCUGGAUGCUGAGCUUUACUAUGUGAGGGACGAUGUGGUGAAUCAUUAUGCUCUCUCCUUCAUACUGCCAGUACCCAGCGAGACCAACAGCCUGCACUUCACCUGGCACUCCAAGAGCAAGGUGGAAUACAGGUUGGGUUUCCAGGUGGAGAACCCUGCAGCUAUGGACCAGCCUCAUAGCAACAUUUCAGCCAGUGGGGAGGUUCCGCUCACACACUCGGUUUUCAGAGUGGACCUCUUCUGUUCUGGGAAAGUGGAUGGUGAGGCCAUUCUGACAAUGCAGCUGAAUCUGACAAUCCAUGCCAACAACUUCACAGUGCUCAAUUUCAAGCGCAGGAAAAUGUGCUACAGAAGAAUUGAACAGCCAGAUCCUCCCAAAAUCCUCCUUCCAUUCUCCAACAAAACAGGACCAGACUUAGACAGCGCCCCUACAACGUCCACCAGAGUGUUCUACAUUAGCGUUGGAGUGUGUUGUGCUGUCAUCUUCCUCGUGGCAAUCAUCCUUGCUGUGUUACACCUGCACAGCAUGAAGAGAGUCGAGGUGGAUGACAGUGAGAGUGACAGUGGGAGCUCCCAGGGUCUUUCUCAACCCUCCACUCAGACCACGCAGUACCUGAGAGCAGACACACCAAACAAUGCCACCUCCAUCACCAACGUUCACGCUGGCUCUGCUCCCAUGCUGCAGCUCUCAGGUGCCUCCUUCCCCCACCCUGGUGCUCCCUCCCAUGAAAGCAAAACCUAUCCUUCAUUGCGGAUAGAGAAGAAUGACCUGAGAAGCGUGACCCUGCUGGAAGCCAAGGCAAAGGUCAAGGACAUCGCCAUCUCUAGAGAGAGAGUCACACUCCGAGACGUUUUGCAUGAAGGAACCUUUGGACGGAUAUUCCAUGGUGUCUUGCUUGACGAGAAGGACCCGAGUAAAGAGAAACAAGUGUUUGUGAAAACAGUCAAAGAUCAUGCCUCAGAGGUGCAGGUGACGAUGAUGCUGACUGAGAGCUGUAAGCUGCGAGGUCUUCAUCACAGGAACCUGUUACCCAUUAGUCAUGUGUGCACAGAGGAUGGAGAGAAGCCUAUGGUCCUGUUACCUUACAUGAAUUGGGGCAAUCUCAAACUCUUUCUUCGCCAGUGCAAGCUUGCUGAGGCCAACAAUCCUCAGGCCAUCUCCCAGCAGGAUCUUGUUCACAUGGCUAUCCAAAUUGCAUGUGGUAUGAGCUAUCUGGCACGAAGAGAGGUCAUCCACAAAGACCUGGCUGCCAGGAACUGUGUCAUUGAUGACAGCAUGCAGGUGAAGAUCACCGAUAACGCGCUGGCUCGAGACCUUUUUCCCAUGGACUACCACUGCCUGGGGGAUAAUGAGAACCGGCCCGUGCGCUGGAUGGCCCUGGAGAGCCUGCUCAACAAUGACUUCUCCAGUGCCAGUGAUAUUUGGGCUUUUGGGGUGACUCUUUGGGAACUUAUGACGCUGGGACAGACUCCUUAUGUCGACAUCGACCCAUUUGAGAUGGCUGCCUACUUGAAAGAUGGCUACAGAAUUGCACAGCCCAUCAAUUGCCCUGAUGAGCUGUUUGCUGUAAUGGCGUGUUGCUGGGCACUGGAUCCAGAAGAGAGGCCGAAGUUCCAGCAGCUUGUCCAGUGCCUCACAGAGUUCCAUGCAGCUUUGGGGGCCUAUGUUUAAACUCCAGCCUCAGGUUUUGUUCUGGGCCCCUGGUCAUUGACCAGCACUAUCCCACAACAGGAAAAACAGCACCUGACAGACAUAAAACAUGUUUCUCUUGUCAGUGAUUUAUAUUUUUAUAUAUAUAUAUAUAUAUAUAUAUAUAUAUAUAUAUAUAUAUAUAUAUAUAUAUAUAUAUAUAUAUAUAUAUAUAUAUAUAUGCAGUCACUGAGACUUUAAGACUCUUCUCUUUUUAUGCUUUUUGGAGAAGUCACCCUUUUCUCCCUUCAUGGAAUAGUAGAUCUCCAUGCGUUUUCACUGUUGAAGGGCAUCACCUACGGCCUCGCCACAAUGCACACUCUUAAGAAUGCUGGUGUGUUCAAAGGAAGCUAUUGUUCUUCUCAGCAAAGAACCCUUUCCAGACAGACACUUGAGUUCAACUGCUGAGUAUUCUCAUAAAGCUUAUUUUACGUUGGAUACGGUCUGAUUUUUCAGACAUUCCUUGCUUGGAUUAAGAUUUAUGUUCUUUUUGAUUCUUCAUCGAGAGGAACAAUCUCCCUUAUGUUGAAUCUAAAACUGCUAUGAAGUGGAAAUGGGUUUUUUCUAGUGUGUGUUUGUGCAGAACAGAAUAUGUGCACAGAAUAUGUCAGUCCUCCUGUUGGUACUUGUACAUUUGCCAAAAUAUGUUUUUUCCAUUUGUUCAGCUUAAAUGAGCUCAAGUAUAGUUCUGCCACUGGUUAUCAGGAGGACAUCAGCUUACUGCCUCAAGUAUUUAAUUUUCUUCAAGGCAGUGGAUAUGCAGAACUGUACUAGUAUUUACUUUAAACCAGUGUUAAACUGGCUUGUGGUACAUAUUACAGCACCAAGAUAUCUAUUUCAUCCAAAAGAUUGAUAUUGCAAGGUUUUGAAUUAUGGUUGGUAAGGAGAAAAUAAUAAUUACAAUAAUAGUAAAAUUUAUUACAGGGUUGUUACUUAUUCCUAAGGUUUUUAAUGUUUGUUCUGUGUCAGAACAAAGUCCUCCUUUUGUGUUGUUUUUUUUGUUUUGUUUUUGUUUUUUAACAAAUGCAUAAAGACACACCAAUCACUGUGAAUAAUCAAAGUGUAUGGCCUAUGAAAAAGAAGAAAAAAAAACGGUUUCUAGCGGUGUUUCUUUUUCCCUAACAUUUAUAGACUCUUGAUGUUGACAGCUGCAUGUUGAUUUGAAAAGGUAUUAUGUAAACUGUUUCCUGAACUCAUACCUACCAAUUAAAAAAGAACCCAAAAUAAAAUGGGUUCCCAAUG